AUGAAUCCCCUGUGGAAAGUCUAUAAGAGUAAGGUCAUGAAGACCCUCAACCCGGAGAUGGAGGAAGACGCGGUGGAAGAGGUCACUGAUGCUGCUGAAGAUAUCACACCCAUCCAGUCCGAUGAAGGACCCAGUUCCAUGACACAGCUGGCCAAGAGGAUGCAGGGAGCCGGAGCUAAAGGAUGGAAAAGUGUUUCGUCUCUAUUCAACAAGGACGAUGAACACCAGCUUCUGGAGGCGGACAAUCAGCCAGCAGCGGAUCAUCCACUGGCAGUGAAGCCCGAAGAGCCUCCUCGACCCAACAAGCGCAGCACUGGAUUCUGGGAUAACUUUGCGACUAAGUGGCACCAAGGGGCCGCCAUGAGGCAAGCGGAGGCGGCGGAGGCAGGAGGCGAGGCCGGUCAGGAGGCGUGCAGCGAGAGCGGGGCGAGAGCAGAAGACGGAGAGCAGGUCGGUCAGGAGGCCGAGGCGGGCGACGGCGGCGGCACGGGAAACAGCUUCUCCAAAUACGCCACGCUCGGAGGAGACAGCGAAGACGCCCCGGCCUUCAAGUGGAACUUUGUCACCAGCAAACUGGCCGAGCUGAAGACCAAGAGCAUGGCCAAGAGCAACUAG